AGGAUAUAUAACAAAUGCAUAAAAGCGGCACAAAAUCCAUGCUGUAAUUAAAUGCAGAUACUCUUUUUUCUUUCAAACAAAACACAUCCCAAAAUCUCCAUAUACGAACUUUUUUUUUCUUUUAAUUCCUCCUUAUAGCGGAGAAAAUUAGAACAAAAAGUAACGUAUAUGUUGACAACGAGAUCCUUUUGUCUUGGUUUCAUCUAUUUGUGUUUUUAGGACGGACAGAGAGAAAUAUGUCGAUGGAAAUAGGACAUUACAGGACAUGUUCGACCAUGUCAGGCAGCAGAGUGCAAGAAGAAGACGAUGAAGAAGCACUGAAAUGGGCAGCUCUCGAACGACUCCCCACCUACGACCGUGCUCGGAAAGGAGUUUUGCAUGGGGUUUUGGGUGACUUGAAAGAGAUUGAUCUUCGAAAACUUGGGUUCCAAGAAAGUAAAGAGUUGCUUAAUAGGUUUAUAAAGGAUGCUGAUAAACAUGAAGAGUUCUUGAAGAACAUCAAACAACGAAUCGACAGGGUUUCUUUGAAUUUGCCAACAAUAGAAGUUCGAUUCGAAGACAUAAACGUACAAGGAGAAGCCUAUGUCGGUAGUAGGGCUUUGCCAACAAUCUCCAACUCACUUUUCAAUAUUAUAGAGGGUGUUGGGCAUUACCUUCAUAUACUCUCAAGUCACAAGAAAAAGUUCUCAAUUUUACGAGAUGUGAGUGGGAUUAUCAAGCCAGGCAGGUUAACUCUACUUUUAGGCCCACCAGGUUCAGGAAAGACCACCCUACUUCAAGCAUUGACCGGUAAACUUGACCCACUAGUCAAGUUUUCUGGGAAAGUAACGUAUAAUGGUCACGAAAUGCAUGAAUUUGUUCCCCAAAGAACAUCAGCUUAUAUCAGCCAAUAUGAUAUCCAUUUACCUCAACUGACUGUUAGAGAAACUAUGGCUUUCUCUGCCAAAUGUCAAGGCGUUGGCACUGGUUAUGAUAUGCUUACUGAGCUCCUUAGAAGAGAAAAGGAGUUGAAUAUUAGACCAGAUCCUUAUAUCGAUGCCUUAAUGAAGGCAUCAGUUCUGAAAGGACAUAAGGAAGAAAUUGUUACAGACUAUGCUCUCAAGAUUUUAGGACUGGAAGUUUGUGCUGACACCAUAGUAGGUGAUGCAAUGAUGAGAGGUGUUUCUGGUGGACAAAAGAAACGUGUAACUACAGGGGAGAUGCUUGUUGGUCCUGUAGGAGCACUUUUUAUGGACAAUAUAUCAACAGGUCUUGAUAGUUCCACAACUUACCAAAUUGUCAACUGUAUCAAACAAUCAAUCCACAUUUUCAACAAAACUGCUAUAAUCUCACUUCUUCAGCCCCCACCUGAAACUUUUGAGCUUUUUGAUGACAUUAUCCUUCUUUCAGAAGGACGAAUAGUUUACCAGGGCCCUCGAGAAUACGUUCUUAAUUUCUUCGAAUCCAUGGGGUUCAAAUGUCCUGAAAGAAAAGGCGUUGCGGAUUACUUACAAGAAGUUACAUCAAGAAAAGAUCAAGGACAAUACUGGUUUCGUCACGAAACACCGUAUCGUUUUGUUUCGGUUAAUGAAUUUGCUGAAGCCUUCGAGUCGUUUCAUAUUGGAUUAGACAUCAAAAACCAGCUUGCUGUUCCAUUUGACAGGUCAAAGAAUCACCCUGCAGCUUUGACAAAAACUAGAUAUGGAGCUAACAAAAUGGAAUUGAUGAAAGCUUGUUUGUCAAGAGAAGUUAUUUUGAUGAAAAGAAAUGUGUUCUUACAUGGUUUCAAGAUAUUUCAGUUGGAACUCGGUGCAGUUAUCGUUGCUACCGUUUUCGUUGAAGCUAGAAAGCAUCAUAGUACAAUUGCAGAUGGAACAGUUUACUUAGGGGCUCUCUUUUUUGUCCUAAACACGAUUAACUUCACCGGGUUUUUUGAACUUCCAUUAACGAUCGAUAAGCUUCCGGUCUUUUACAAACAAAGAGACCGUCUGUUUUAUCCAUCAUGGGCAUUUUCAUUACCAACAGCAGUUCUUGGUAUCUUUAUAUCAAUGUUUGAAGUUGCUGUUUGGAUUGCUAUAACUUACUACGUAAUAGGAUUUGAUCCCAACAUUACAAGGAUGUUAAAACAAUAUCUUGUCCUUGUCAUGAGUGGACAAAUGUCUUAUGCACUGUUUAGAUGCCUUGCUGCAUUAACUAGAGAUCACGUUGUUGCUAACACAGCUGGUUGUCUUUCAGUGAUGUGGCUUUUAAUAUUUGGUGGAUUUAUUUUAUCAAGAGAAAAUAUGCCCAACUGGUUGAUAUGGGGAUAUUGGACAUCGCCUCUUAUGUAUGUUCAAACUGCCAUUUCAGUAAAUGAAUUCCUAGGCCAUGCUUGGAAUAAAGCACUUAACGGAACAAAAGAGACGGUUGGAGUAGCGGUCUUGAAAGCUCGUGGGGUAUUCACUAAUCCAAAUUGGUAUUGGAUUAGUAUUGUUGCAUUGAUUGGCUUUAUAUUCCUCUUCAAUGCCAUAUCCGCUCUGGCUUUUGCUUACCUUGAUGAAUAUGGGAAAUCGCAGGCAGUGUUUUUGAGUGAAGAAUCUACUAAAGAAGACACUACCAUGGCAAGUGAAGGUGACGGAACAUUGUUAAACAAAAGCAACUCAAAGACUAAGAGAGCAUCUAGAAAUGCCGUGGCGGUUCAUAAUUAUCAAGAGAAAGGAAUGCUUCUUCCUUUUACACCACUCUCAGUUACCUUCGAGAACAUCACGUAUUCGGUUGAUAUGCCAAAGGGAAUGAGAUCCCAAGGCGUGUUGGAUGAUAGAUUGAUGCUUUUAAAUCAAGUGAGUGGAGCAUUCAGACCAGGUGUUUUAACAGCUUUAAUGGGUGUUAGUGGAGCUGGUAAGACUACACUGCUUGAUGUGUUAGCAGGGAGGAAAAACAGUGGAUAUACAGAAGGAAACAUCACUGUUUCAGGCUAUCAAAAGAAACAAGAUACUUUUGCUCGAGUUACCGGUUAUUGCGAGCAAAACGACAUUCAUUCUCCUCUUGUAACUGUCUAUGAAACUUUACUAUACUCGGCGUGGCUUCGGUUGCCUCAUGACAUUGAUCCUGAAAGUAGAGAGCUUUUUGUUGAGGAAGUUAUGGAAUUGAUUGAGUUGAAGUCAUUGAGAGAUGCAUUGGUUGGAUUUCCUAACGUGAACGGACUAUCCAUCGAGCAGCGUAAACGGUUAACCAUUGCAGUCGAGCUUGUUGCUAACCCUUCAAUAAUUUUCAUGGAUGAACCAACCUCAGGUCUUGAUGCAAGAGCAGCAGCUAUUGUGAUGAGAACCGUGAGAAACACGGUGGAUACGGGAAGAACCGUGGUAUGCACAAUUCACCAACCCAGUAUCGAUAUAUUCGAAUCUUUUGAUGAGCUCUUCCUAUUAACACGCGGAGGUGAAGAAAUAUAUUUCGGUCCUCUAGGCCGUAUGUCAAGCCAUUUGAUCAAGUACUUUGAGGAUAUCAAUGGAGUAAGCAAGAUAAAAGAAGGCUAUAACCCGGCAACCUGGGUGUUGGAAGUGACAACACGACCUCAAGAAGAGAUUCUAGGAGUAAAAUUUGCCGACGUGUACAAAAGAUCCGAUCUUUAUAGAAGAAACAAGGCCUUGAUUUCGGAGUUGAGCACUCCACCUCCUGGUUCACACGAUCUCCAUUUUCCGACCAAGUAUGCACAACCCUACCUUACACAAUUCAUAGCUUGUUUAUGGAAACAACACAGAUCAUAUUGGAGGAACACAUCAUACAAUGCAGUGAGGAUUUAUUUCAGUACUGCAAUGAGCAUUAUUUUCGGAGUUUUAUUCUGGAACCUUGGAAGCAAAAGGGGAACAAAACAGGAUCUUUUCAACGCAAUGGGUGCAAUGUACACUGCAAUUACAUUCAUGGGAACACAAAGUGCUGCUUCAGUGAGACCUGUUAUAAUAGCUGAAAGAACAGUUUUUUACAGAGAAAGAGCUGCUGGAUUUUAUUCUGCAUUGCCUUAUGCUUUUGCACAGGUUGCUAUUGAAAUCCCAUAUACCAUAGCUCAAGUUGCUAUAUAUGGGAUUAUAGUUUAUGCAAUGAUGGGGUUUCAAUGGACAGCAUCCAAGUUCUUCUUAAACACAUUCAUCAUGUUCAUCACAGUUCUUCUCUACAUAUACUAUGGAAUCAUGGUUGUAUCUGCAAGUCCUAAUCAACCAACUGCUGCUGUACUUUCUGGUAUCUUUUAUACAAUGUGGAGUCUCUUCUCCGGUUUCAUAAUUCCGCGACCGAGGAUUGUUGUGUGGUGGAGAUGGUAUGCUUGGGUGUGUCCGGUUUCAUGGUCCAUGUGGGGAAUGACAACUUCACAGUAUGGUGACUUGCAGAACAAGUUAGAGACAGGAGAAACAGUGGCUCAGUUCGUGGAAGAUUACUUUGGCUUCAGACAUGACUGGUUAUGGAUAGUCUGUCUUGUCCUAAUUGGGUUUACUUUGUUGUUUGCUUCUGUAUUUGCUUUCUCCAUGAAAUUCUUCAACUUCCAAAAGAGAUGAACAUUUUUCAUUUUAUUAUAACUAUGAUGUAAUCCGAUUUAAUUGUAAGACAUUAGUUUUUAAAAUUUAUUAAUUUGUUUAUAAAUUAUAUACAAAUUUGGUGGUUAGGGGUUUAACUCCUUCCAGAAAAAUUUCUAAAGUAUCAUUUGUUAGGCGAUUGAUAAAUGCAUAAUUUCUCAAUUUAUUUGUAAUAUUUCUUCUAUUAAAUUAUGUUAUUUAUGUUCUUAAUUAUAUUAUUUAUAUUAAUAUUAUUUGAUUUAAAGAAUAAUUGGUGAAAAGUGAGCUUAAAGUUUAUUUUGACAAAUUUUUGUAUUUCA